GCAGAGCAGCGGAUUCCUGCAGAGCCCGACACACUGCACCACAACCCCGCAGCCUACUGUGAGCCUCCCACGUCGGGACACACGGAUACCGGAUUUCCAUACCGAUGCUUGAGAUAAACGACCGGGUAACAAACUACCAAGCAGCUCCAUUCACACUCCACCCUGUCUGCGGGAUGAGACGGGGGGGUUGCAGCGGACGGAGAUCCCAGCUUUGAACCCCAACCUGCGUUUUACUGCACCUGCUUCGAUGUGCAUGCACCGAUUGUUUUGAGCACCAGAGAAGAGUUGGGGUGGGUGGGUGGGGGGGUGGGUAAAGAUGUUGGGGCGAUGCUACCGGGGGAAACUGUCGGUGUGGGCCGCUCUGUGCGUGUUGGUCCUCUGCUGGUUCUACAUUUUCCCCGGCUACAGACUCCCACGCGAUAAAGAAAUAGUGGAGGAGGUGCUGAGGCAGGGGGAGGCAUGGGAGAAGAACCAGACCGGCAUCGAUUUGUACAGGAAGCUGCUGACGGAGUGCUGCGAUCCCAAGACGAUGUUUGCGGUCACCAAGGAGAACUCGCCGAUGGGCAAGGUCCUGUGGUACGACGGCGAGUUUUACCACUCGCACACCGUCAACAACGAGACCUACCCGCUCUUUGUGAAGAACAACCCUCUCCAACUGCCCCUGAAGAAGUGUGCCGUGGUGGGCAACGGUGGCAUUCUCCGGCACAGCAAAUGUGGACGGGACAUUGACCAGGCUGACUUCGUCAUGCGGUGUAACCUUCCUCCACUUUCAAAGAACUACGUGGGGGAUGUUGGAACCAGAACGCAUCUUGUCACAGCCAACCCCAGCAUCAUUGAGAAAAGAUUUCAGAACCUCCUGUGGUCGAGAAAAGCCUUUGUAGACAUUAUGAAAGUCUAUGGCUCCAGCUACAUCUACAUGCCCGCAUUUUCCAUGAAGCCUGGCACUGAUCCAUCACUGCGGGCGUACUAUGCCCUAGCGGACACCUCCUCCAACCUCACCAUGCUCUUUGCCAACCCUGAAUUUCUUCGCACGGUGGGAAAAUUCUGGAAAGGCCGAGGCGUCCACGCCAAACGCCUCUCCACGGGGCUCUUCCUGGUCAGCCUGGCCUUGGGGCUGUGCGAGGAAGUGACGGCCUAUGGCUUCUGGCCGUUUUCAGUCGGCCUGGACGAGCAGCCAAUCAGCCACCACUACUACGACAACAUCCUGCCCUACAAAUGGUUCCACGCCAUGCCAGAGGAGUUUGUCCAGCUCUGGCACUUACACAAAAGUGGCACAUUGCGCAUUCGAGUGGGACAUUGCACUCCGCAGGAAGGAGGGAGUUAGAGCUGGUUCAAGGAGUUCAGUAAGGCUGCAGGAAACGGAUUAAAAACAGGAAGUUUGUGUAAAAAUGGGUGCACAAAUGGUUGGAUCCAUCCUUCGGCUCUGCAUCCAUGUCCAUUCACUCUCCUGCUAUCCCUCCACAGCUAAUCCCUGAUUUCCAUGAGAAUGUCCUCCACCCAGACCAGCAGCAUCAGGGACACACACACACAAUGUCAAAUAUACAUACAUUCAAAUAUGUCAUUUCUCCGUCCUUUUGUUUCUUAACUUCUUGUGUGCAUGGAUGUGUUUUUGUUUGGGAAAAGCCUCAGCUGGGACUAAAAAAAAGGUUACAUUUUGUAGGUUUGGAUGGGUGGGGAAAGAGUUCCUUUUUUUAUGCUGACUACUGUAUCUGACUGACAUAUGGGGCAGCUGGACCAAACCCCCCUCCCCCCCUGGGUCUUUGUUAAUCAGACACAGAAGGAGAAGAGGACCAGAGGGGGUGAUAAAACGCACUGAAAGACUGGCAAAUGCAAGAAAGAAGGGAGAGAUAGUGGUGUCCUGUACCUAGUAUCUUGAAUAGGACAUUAAACGGAGGGGGAAAACACAGGCAGGGGGGGGGGAAGAGUGAAAGCUGGCUGGUUUGUGUAUGAAAGGAUUUUCUCUGCUUUUCUUCAACCAACGAAGCACUCAGUUGGCAUUCUCUAGUGCCAAAUAGAGCUGUAGUUCAAAGCAGGAGCCAUUAGAAACGGCGUCUCAAGUACUAUAUACCAUCGAAUGUUAAGCCAAGUUGCAUUUUUAAACCCUUCACCGAAAAGGGAACAUGAGAACAUCCCGGUCUUUGUGUUUUUUUGUUUUGUUUGCCAAAUGUGAUUUAAAUGUGAACUAUUGUUUAUUGGUGGCCACGAGUAGAAGGGAGAUAUCAUUAUAGACUUGUGGAUUCAGAAUUCAUUGCAAUUAAAAAAAGAAAAAAAUCACAAAUAGGUAGCUCUCAGACUGGCUAUUUGGUACAUUCCAGUCACUAGCAGGCUCCUGGGGUCAAAAACAGCCUGAUUUACUUCUGUAGAGUGUGCAGUUACAAAGAAACCUCUUGGUAACUGUUCUAUGCUUGCCAAGUGCCAAGCCAAGGGAACAGUGUCUCUUUGAUACACACUCUCAAACUGCCCUUGUGCUCCUCAAUGGCAAGAUAUUAAGAGAGACAUUAACAGAAAAAACGAUUCAGGACUUGAUGUCACAAAAUGGGAUUCUAAUUCAGUAUAUUCAAAGUCACAUUCAGGAUGGGAAGCUCAACUGGCAAUAUGUCCUGGUUUGUAUGUUAUAUUAAAAAACGUUAUCUAACAAGUAAUUAUUGUUUCACUGCAUCUUGAUUGAUAAGCACCUCAAAAGACAUUAGAGCGUACAAAUGUGGAAAUUCUGCAGUUAAAUUACCAUAUUAGAUAACCCAUCACAAUAGCUAAUAUUAGCAAUUAACUAAUUCCUGACUAACAUUACUGCCAACAUUAGCUACUUUAUUAUUCUUUGAUUGUAAAAAAUAAAAUAAAAUAAAAAC